AUGUCAAAAAGGUCAAGAGACGAAGCCUCGAUUGCUUCUUUACAAUCUAUUCUCGGCCAACAAGUUCCUUUAGAAACACUAGAUAACUUACUCUACCGUUCAAACAACAAUGUAGAAGCAGCCAUCAACCUUUAUUUUACAGAACCACCUCCAACUCAGCCCAUGGGCAAAAAGUAUUAUAUUGGCGAUCUUGUAUUGACAGGUUGGUCAUUGAUCAAAGGUGCUUCACCCGUAAAAGAAGGCGAUGCGAUCACCAUCGUCAGAGACAAAGUCACGGCUGUCAAACACCAUGCUGUCAACCGCAUUGUUCGAUUUGCACACAAUGGUCGAGAAAUCGGUCGGUUUCCUCGAGAAGCAGCAGACUAUAUGGCAGUCUUGUUGGACCAGCGGCUCUGUUGUUUUGAAGGCUCGAUCGUCUGGUGUCCCCCACUACUCAAGACAGGCGAAGAUAUGAUCUUGACCAUCCAAUGUUACUUGUUGCCAGCAGCACUGUACAUGAACUCAUUCAUGUCCCAUACCAUGCCUCAUGCGAAAAAGAAUGAGAAGAAGCGACAGGAAUUGCCUGUGUUGCGUAAAAUAGCCUUGUUGCACAUGUUUCGUCAGUUAGGACUGAAGCCUAUACGUUCGGCUGUUCAGCAUAUGCAGAGCGAUACAUGGGACAUGUUGAUCCAGUCAGUAGCCACACCCCCUACAGACAAAGAACAGGACGCAGAGCAGGAGGAUGAAAAGGAAGUGACUGAUGGACAGUUGGAUACAAUCUAUGAAAAGGCUCAAGUGUUUGAUGCUCAAAUUAAGCCCAUGGAUCAACCGAGUACAAUGACACUCGAAUUAAAAGAAUACCAACAAAGAGCUCUUGCAUGGAUGAUAGCCAAAGAAUCCUAUGAACAUGAAGAGGGUGAUAUGGACAUGAGGUCCAUGCAUCCUUUAUGGGAAGAGUAUGGGUUUCCUAGUCCAUUGUGUGAUGAGCAUCGCUUCUUUUAUUUUAAUCCUUAUAGUGGUGAUCUCAGCCUUGAAUUCCCUGAAGCCAAUAAGCAAGAGAAAGGAGGCAUCUUGGCGGAUGAAAUGGGGUUGGGUAAAACGAUCGAAAUACUCAGUCUGAUCCAUACCAAUCGAUACACACCCAACAAAAAGAAGCCAUUUUCAACAGGCAUUCAUAUCAAGCCAUCACCUACCACAUUGAUUGUCUGUCCCAUGUCUUUACUUGCUCAAUGGCGUGAUGAAAUCAUCCGAGGGUCUAAGCCAGACACGAUCUCUGUCAGUGUCUAUUAUGGUGAUGAACGUUCAGCAUCGUCUCUGGCCAAUCUGUAUUGUUGGGAAGGGAAUGCACCUGAUGUGUUGGUGACAACCUAUGGCGUUGUGAUGGCUGAAUGGACAUCAGCCCAAUCUGGCACACCUUCGCGUCUGUUCCGCACUGAAUUCUGGCGUGUGGUCUUGGACGAAGCCCAUCAGAUCAAAAACCGCUUAACAAAGACAUCCCAUGCGUGUCGUGACCUGGAAGCCAAGCGUCGAUGGGCAGUGACUGGCACACCCAUUCAAAACAAGCUGGAUGAUCUGUACUCGCUGGUUCGGUUCUUGCGCCAUGAACCAUGGGCCAAUCAUACCUUUUGGCGAACAUUUAUCACCCUGCCCUUUGAGAAACAAGAUGCACGCGCACUGGGUGCUGUUCAGACCGUCUUGGAGCCCAUUGUCUUGCGUCGUACCAAGGCCAUGCGGGAUGGAAAGGGUCAGCCGAUGGUUCCCUUACCGCCGAAACAUAUCCAUAUUGAAUACUUGUCUUUCUCGCCUGAAGAGCAAGAUAUCUAUGACGCCAUCUACAAUGAUUCUCAAAUCAAGUUUUCUUAUUUCUGUGAAGCAGGUAAACUAGGCAAGAACUAUGCGUCUAUCUUUCAACUCUUGACACGACUACGUCAAAUCUGUUGUCAUCCUUAUCUUGCCUUACAGAGUAAAGAAGCGGCCAAGGAGACCAUCAAAGGAUUAGGAGGCAAAGAGUCCUUGACAUUAGAGGAAUUAAUUGCCCAUAAGAAUAACACGGAAUCUCAAGCAUCUGAUACCAGCAGCAGUUAUGAAAUGAACGUACUACAAAACAUGUUGGCACACCAACAAUCCGCGCCCAAUCCUCAAGAAACACUUGCACCGCCUAUGGCUGAGGAAUGUCCUAUUUGCUUUGAGACAGUCGAUAGUAUGAUUGUGAUGCCAUGUAUGCAUAUGGCUUGUCGACCUUGUGUAUUGGACUACUUUCAAAAAAAAGAAGAGGAAGGAACAGCAGGUGAGUGUCCUGUCUGUCGACAUGGACCUAUCCUUCAGACUCAAUUACUCGAGUUCGCUCAACACAAAGAACAAUCUGUACGCUACAAUAUUCGCAAAGCCAUUGGUGGGUUUAAGCCAUCCACCAAAAUGAAUGCGCUGAUCAAACACUUGAGACAAAACCAAAAAGAGAACAACAAGACCGUGGUGUUUUCGCAGUUCACUGGUUUCUUGGAUUUAAUUGGGGAAGCAUUAGACUAUGAGACUAUCCGGUAUACUCGGUUAGAUGGCACACAGGCACAGACACAACGAGAGAAAGUGUUGGCUGAAUUUGCUCAGCUUGGCGAUACCAAUGUACUGUUGAUCAGUUUAAGAGCAGGUGGUGUGGGGUUAAAUCUGACGUGUGCCAAUCGAAUUAUCAUGAUGGAUCCUUGGUGGAAUUUCGCUAUUGAAUCACAAGCCAUUGACCGAGUACAUCGACUAGGUCAAUUGAAAGAAGUGAUAGUGACUCGGUUCAUCAUGACAAAUUCUGUAGAAGAGCGUAUUUUAGAUAUUCAAGAUAGAAAGCAUGUCCUUGUGAAUGAACUUUACAUGUCUAGAGAUGAAGCCAAGAAUAGAAAGUUAGACGACCUUCAAUUACUGUUUGGCAAAAGAAGAUGA